CCGCUUGAUGGCCAGAGUAAGCUUCCUGUAGAGCUUCUAGAAAAAGAGCUGAUGACAGAUGUACUCUAGGCUUCACAAUCAUGGGACCAGAUGAAUCAGCACAUCACGCACAACGUGAUCCAAGUCUUUCAAGUGCUCUAUUCGAUUACAGUCAUAUGGUUUGCGAUGCCACGGAGCCCGAGUACUUCCUACAUCGAGCCAUCAAACACCCAAUUUCUCAAGUAGAUUCAAAUGCGAAUUCUCACGAAGCUCAUGUAUUCAAAGAUGCCGUCAUCGAAGCCCUCCAGGAACUGAAGAAGGCGACCGAAAGCUGGACACUUGGGCCCAUUGAACAGGCAGUCGUGACUGUGCCGCAGUAUUUCACCAAGGAAGAGCGCAACAUCAUCACGGAAACUGGUCCCUCCAUUGGAUUAGAAGUUCUUCGCAUCAUGAACGCACCUACCGCCGCUGCCAUCGGGUUCGGCAUAGACAACCUGGACGAUGAUUUCCACUUCAUUGUAUAUGACCUAGGGAGAGAAACCUUCGAGGUGUCUUUGUUUGAGCUUGAUGCAGGUGUAUUCGAUUGUCUGGCUACUAUCAGUGACCACCAGCUUGGCAAAGAGAUAGGCGAAUCGGUGCAGCAGAAGCGGCUGAGAGGGAACUCGGUGUUCGACGCGACCGAGAUGGAGACACUCGAGAAGACACUACCCCUUCUGGACCAGGUCAUCAAAAGCGCGAAUCUUUCUAGCAACGAAAUCUCAAAAGUCGCCAUCGUGGGCGGCUAUACAGAAGCGUCACAGUUACGAUCCAUGGUAGACACCUUCUUUGGUGGUGGAUCCUCUGCUAUCUUCGACCAUCCAGCAAGUCUUCGGUUGAUGCCAGGCAUGUGGGACUACGAUGAAGUUGUUACGUUUGGCACCGCCGUCUUUGCCGAAAAUCUCUGUGGACGCGGAAGAUACGACGACCUGGUUGGUACGCUAGAGUCGAACCCACGAUCAGUCCUUGUGGAGACCAUCGGAGGCGAGGCGCUACGGGUGUUUCAGCGAUACACGAUACUCCCGUCUACUUGGACCAUGAGCUUCACCACGACCGUUGACGGACAGUCGAGGGCCGUCAUACCAGUCUUCCAAGGCGAGCUUGAAGAUACAAGAAAAAACGAUAAAGUGCUCGUUCUCAGGCUGGAUUGCAUCCCGCCUGCACCUCGCGGAACUCAUAAUAUCGAAGUUAUUCUGGAGGCGGGCGUUGACACGGCGAAUAAUACAUACAGGUUUUUGCUCAAGGCGUCAGCCCAUCUCAUAGAUGGAAGGGAGCAGUGUUCGGACAAUGCUUCCGGAGUUCUCCAUGAUUUUGACGCAGUUGACGCACUCACUGGCGAAGAUAUUGAACUUGAAGCUGCUUAUGUUUAUGGGAGAGCUGAGCCCACCCAGUCCGGUACAUGCAUCAAUCGUCGAAGCGAGAUUGAUCAGCAUUACGUCGCGGCAGCUGAAAAAGUCUCUCAAUAAAAUAUAACUAGCAUCACCUCCUUCAGG